AUGCCAAAUUUUUAUUUUUUCUUCAGAAAUGGUCAAUUGAAUGAACGAUCGGACAUGUUAGACGUACUGGUUUCAAUAUUCACCUUUUUACCACAUUUCAAUUUUCACUUCAAGCGAAUUCCUAACAACUUUAACCUCACAUGGAAUAGUGAGUAUAUGCAGAGUCUUGUACUCCAUGCUGCUGCCAGCGCUUUCGUCACUGUUCUCCUGCUUCUCACCAUUGUAAUCACAUGGGUUUGCCAAUGCUGUUCUCAUGAAGUACCAGCUGGAAAGUCACGACGAAAAGUGCGACAGCUAUCGACGAUCUUAUUUAUUCUCAGUGUAUUGUGCUUUAUCUUUCUCGGAUUCUGUUUAUUCGGAAACGAACACUUCAAUCGAGGUGUUACCAAAUCGUUGAAUGGAAUAGCUGAUGUGAAUCGUGGAUUUAAGCUUGCCAUUGCCCAGACGACCGGUUUGAACGAUACGUGCCAGAAUGCAACGAUCCAUCUCAAGAAUCUUGAGGAAAUCGUACACGUGAAAAGCAAGCAGCCUGGACUCAACAAGACGCUGGUGGUGCAGACGGAUACUAUGUUAUCGUUGAUCUCAAAUGGAAUGGAUUCAGCACAGGAGAAAUUGAAUGCGCUUCAGAAAACGUUGGCUGAAGUGAGCUUCCUGGAAUGGGCUAAUGUGUACGGAGAACGUAUUGAACUUGAACGAUGGAUGCUGUUCGUCACCUUGCUUUCCAUCAUGAUGUGCGUGCUGUUUGCUGGCGUGAUCUCAUUUUGUCGCCAAUCCAAGAAGGGUGCCGUCGUGUUUUCUGGUCUUGGCAUCGUCAUAUUUUUCGUCGUCUGGACGCUGUUCUGUCUCGUCUUACCUUUGACAGUGGCGCUCGUCGACUUCUGUACUUCUGGUGGCGAAUAUAUGCAGUCGAAGCUCAGUCACCCGAUGUUGAACGCGAUGGAGUUCUACCUUAACUGUGACGCUCGACCAACUCAUGACAAUGUACCGCCAGUGAUGGGUGCGACGAACAUCAGUGACACUCUGAGCGCGUUCCAAGCGAACCGAACUCGGCUUGAUUCACUUCUCGACAUGACUUUUAAGCAUGAUUCAACGGUGUCCAACUCGUCAUCUCUCCUGGCUUCCGAUACGAUCAGAGCUUUGAAAGGUAUUGGAGCUCUCGAAUCUACUCUAGCUUGCUAUGGUUAUAGAGACAGUGUUCGAGCAAUGCAUUAUGGAGUUUGCAACCAAGCCAUCAUCGGAUCAUCAGUGCUCACAUUUUGUCUCCUGUCGUUGGGCUUAUUCCUAUUCACGUUGCUGGUGAUAGUUUCACGAUCCUGGAACCUUUUCACUAGAUUACCUUCUGAUUACGUCGAAGUGGAUGAGGAUGACCCGUUUUUCCCUCGCGCUAAUGAUUCCAUGAUACCAGUGGACAUCUACGGAACGCAUGUGUUCAAUCCACGAACACGGGAUCGCAUCGAGCCAUCAACAAACACUACAACUGCCACGGGAAACGGCUCUGGCGAUGAUCAAGCAGCUCAACUUUGGAAUACCGCCAGUGCUCCACCUGUUGCUCUGAGCUCCGCACGGUCGCCGUACAAUGAGAAUUGUUAUGGGAACUAUGUGAACAAUCGAUACGAUGUUUAG